CGGCGGCUGCGGGCUGCGGGCUGCGGGCUGCGGUACGGCCAGCCGAGCCCGCUCCGCCGGCACACGAGCCCGCGCGUCCCGGGCGUCCGUCGGGUGCCGAGGGGGGACUCCUGCAGGGAGUCCCGGCGCCGCUGCGCUCCCGCGUUGUCCGCAGCGGCCGGGGGCCUGGGACGUGCGGGGUCGGGAGGCCGAGCCGGGCGCCCCCCAGCGGCCGGCGUGAGCCCCAUGGCUGGACCGCGCAGAGCGGAACCCGCGAGGUGAAGCCCCUGGGCCCGCAGCCGGAACGUGUGGCGGGGGCGCCGGCUCCAUGGGCAGCAGCGCACAGCGGCACGAUGAUGGACGUUAACAGCAGCGGCCGCCCGGACCUCUACGGACACCUGCGCUCCUUCCUCCUGCCGGAGGUGGGGCGUGGGCUGCCGGACCUGAGCCCCGACGGCGCCGGCCCAGCCGCGGGCUCCUGGGCUCCGCACCUGCUGCGCGGGGUCCCAGAGGUGACCGCCAGCUCCGUGCCCACCUGGGACGCGCCCCCGGACAAUGUUUCCGGCUGCGGGGAGCAGAUCAACUACGGCAGAGUCGAGAAAGUUGUGAUCGGCUCCAUCCUGACGCUCAUCACGCUGCUGACGAUCGCCGGCAACUGCCUGGUCGUGAUCUCGGUGUGCUUCGUCAAGAAGCUCCGCCAGCCCUCCAACUACCUGAUCGUGUCCCUGGCGCUGGCCGACCUCUCGGUGGCCGUGGCGGUCAUGCCCUUCGUCAGCGUCACCGACCUCAUCGGGGGCAAGUGGAUCUUCGGCCACUUCUUCUGCAACGUCUUUAUCGCCAUGGACGUCAUGUGCUGCACGGCCUCGAUCAUGACCCUGUGCGUGAUCAGCAUCGACAGGUACCUUGGGAUCACCAGGCCGCUAACAUACCCUGUGAGGCAGAACGGGAAAUGCAUGGCGAAAAUGAUUCUCUCCGUCUGGCUUCUUUCCGCCUCCAUCACUUUACCCCCGCUCUUCGGAUGGGCUCAGAAUGUAAAUGAUGACAAGGUGUGCCUGAUCAGCCAGGAUUUUGGCUACACGAUUUAUUCCACCGCGGUGGCAUUUUAUAUCCCCAUGUCCGUCAUGCUUUUCAUGUACUACCAGAUUUACAAGGCCGCCAGGAAGAGCGCUGCCAAACACAAGUUCCCCGGCUUCCCGCGCCUGCAGGAGCCGGACAGCAUCAUCUCCCUGAACGGCAUGGGGAAGCUCCAGAAGGAGGUGGAGGAGUGCGCCAACCUUUCGAGACUCCUCAAACACGAAAGGAAAAACAUCUCCAUCUUUAAGAGGGAGCAGAAAGCAGCCACCACCUUGGGGAUCAUCGUCGGGGCCUUCACCGUAUGCUGGCUGCCGUUUUUCCUCCUCUCCACAGCCAGGCCCUUCAUCUGUGGUACUUCCUGCAGCUGUAUCCCGCUGUGGGUGGAGAGGACAUUUCUGUGGCUGGGCUAUGCAAACUCUCUCAUUAACCCUUUUAUAUAUGCCUUCUUCAACCGGGACCUGAGGACCACCUAUCGCAGCCUGCUCCAGUGCCAGUACCGGAAUAUCAACCGGAAGCUCUCGGCUGCAGGCAUGCACGAGGCCCUGAAGCUUGCUGAGAGGCCGGAGAGGCCCGAGCUUGUGCUGUAAGACAAAACUCUGACUACUGUAGAAAAAAGAGUCAUGAUUCAUGAUCAAAAGCGAAAUCACGGAGACGAAAAAAACCAGGCAAGACAGAGGUGGCAACAGAACGAAAUCAUUUGCUGAGACUAUGGAAUGCGGCUUCUGUCCUUUCUUGGGAUGGCUCAGACGUGACAAACAGGGUGAUCUGUUGUACAAAGUAUAUUAUGAGGGAGAUGGUGACCUCCUUUUUUUCCCCCCCUGUGGAUCAGUGCUAUUGUGUGCAAUUGAAAAUAGCCCUCAGUUCAAAGACAGCCAGAUCAGCUCAGCUGUAUGCGCUCCAACAGAGCUGAGUUCCAGAAAGGAAACAGUUUCUGGUGCUUUGCGUAUGUCCAAGUUCAUGCAAGUGGAAGCGAGUUCCAGCGCAUACUUCCCAUGCUUCCGAGUCUAGGCAUUAUGGUGAAUAUCCAGGAAUCAUUCAUGAGGCAGCAACUCUUGUUGUAGGACAGAAGGGUGUUUUCCCAAGCUAACUGCAGUAAGCAUAGUGUUGAAUAUGUUGCAUGUCUGUGUUAGAAAACAGAGCCCCGUCAUCAGCUCAUGCAAACGAUUUCCCAGAGCAGUGUCUGUUGUAAGCUUCUGUCAAACAGUUCGGCUUUUCUGCAGGGUCCCUGUGACUUCCCCACCAACGUACUUUCUUUGUUAACUCACUUACUGUUAUGGUAUAACUCAGGAACAGAUCUCAGGAUGGAGAGCAUCAUAAAACCGGAAUAAAGCUUUUUCUUGGGCUCACACUUCUUCCAAGGGGUCCUGAGAGAUUAAGGCAAUUCCUUCCCUAAGGAUUUCUACCAGGAUGGAGAGCGAGGGCCACCUGACCGCACCGUAGGUUAGCAUGGGUGUUGGCACUAAACCAACUCUCAUCACACACGGGUGCUGCGGGCCCUCAGGCUGGUCCAUCACUGUGUGUUUAGGGGAGGAAGUAGGGGAAUAAUGGGGUGUCCAUGAAAGGUGGUGCCUCUGGAGAUGGAGCGUCAGUAUGUUAAUUCUUGUUGAGUAGCAUUGUGUUAAACUGAAUUGUGCGAACCGGAGGUCACCUAGGCCAUUCUUGGUGAACACUCCAGAAUGCCAUUCUGUUCCUUCUGGAAGACUUGUUUUUUUUUGUGUUCUCUGUAUCUUAAAUCAAAUGUGUGCCUGGCCAGUUGUGUUCUCCUUUCUCCCUCCCCACAGUGGUAGAUGUUAGGGCAGACAAGGAAGCAGAAGAGGCCCCUUUGCAGAUAGGUUUUGUGUUUUUUUUUUCAGUGGAACUGUGCAAUGUUAUAAGCUAAGGAGACAGGAAGACAGUCGAUGAGAAAAGAAGAGUGCCUCUAAGGGGAAACAAAAUGAAUGCAAACCUUCAUUUGAUAAAAGAGAACUGAAAAAGAAUACUAUUUUCCUACCAUAAAUGUAGCUGUCCCCUCACAGGAUAACAUGGAAUUCCAACGUGGAUUAUGGAUUUCUUCCAACUUUCACUGACAUUGCUUCUUAUCAGAUACAGGGAAGGGUCUGCCUUUCCUGAAGGGGAGGCGGGCCUGUCCUUUGGGACAAAGCUUGCAAAUCCCUGAACCGCAAAUUUGCUAAAGUGACUGUAUAUACUUAUACUCAUAAUUUAAAUGAUUAAUUCUGGUCAGAUAAAUGUUGUUAAAUUUGAAAAUGUUUUAUUACCUUACAUCAAAUAAAGUUUAUUUGUAGCUGUAAUAAAGCAACUUAAAUAAUGAUUUUUAAUUGGAGGUCUGAUGUCAUAAAUGUUGGAUAUGUAGAAUGGCAGAAGGGCAAGCUUUCUGUAUUUGCUAAAUUUUAACAGGUAAUCAGGACAGCUCUGUAAUUAAUUGCAUUUCACUGUGAGGAUUCAUCCAUUUUGUAACUUUUUUUUUUAAGAAUGAGUAUUCAUUUCUUGAUUAAUGAGCAUUUAUUGGACUCCUUCCAUAUUCAGCACUGUGGAUAACAAAGGAACCAAGAUGGGUAAAGCACGUUCUUACUUUUAAGAAGUUUGCCUUCAGGUACAAGGCAGACAUUUCUCAGAUUGUCACCAUAUAGUGUAGUAAAUGCCAUAGCAGUUUGCAGAGAGUGACAAGUUUUUUGUUUGUUUGUUUGUUUUCCUGUUCAUAUUUUUUUUGUUUUUUUUUCCUGUCCAUAAGACAGGGCAUUAUGGUUAAUUGAAUUAAUUAAGGUUUUCAAAUGUUUUAUUUAAAUUUUUUUUAUUAGGACCUUAGUUGUUCAAAGUGACUCUUGAUCCCACCUGAUUUGAACACCUGAUUAUUGAAUUCAGCUUCAUUCUGGCUACAGGGGCUGGACACUGGACACUGUGCUUUACAUGUAUGACAACCAAAUGAAAGGAAAAGGUAGAAAUUGAAAAAUAUCCAACAAUUUAUAAUACUGUUUGACAUGCAGCAUAAAUUGUGGCAAAGGGAUAGCUUUUGAUUUAACUAAGAAUUGGGAAAAUCACUGAAAUAAACAUUUUACAUAUACUUUAUGACUGUUCAGCAAGAAUGACUAUUAUGACUAAUGUCUCUUCUCACUCUAGGGUAUUAGCUGU